UUGAGGCGAGAAGAGCAUAUGCCAGAGUAGAAUGACACCCCAAAUAUCUGCAGAAAAGGUCAAAAAGAGUGGUGGGCUGCAUCGGUCCCCAAAACAGGACUUGGUAAGCUGCUGAAUCGAACAUGAAGCUCCUCAUCCUAAGCUUCAUCAUCCCUCUUGUCGUCAGUUCUACUGCAGAGGAUUUCUCCCUCGUGGAGGGUAUACCAUGUUCAAAAUACCAAGUGGCUUUCAAUAGCUCAUGCUAUGAGUUUGUGAGGCUCCAGCGCACUUUCACGAGUGCCCAGAGCUGGUGUGAGAGAGGAGGGGGCCACCUGGUCUUCAUUGAAAAUGAAGAAACCCAGAUGUUUCUGCAGGAGCACAUCUCUGAGGACAACGAAUGGUGGAUCGGCAUAACCUACAGUUCUUCCUCCAAUGAAACUACUGAAGGGUCCAUGGUUUGGCUCGAUACCUCGAAUAUCACCUACAGCAAGUGGCACCAAGACCUGCCUUCCGUUCUCUCAUCGUCAUGUGGCUAUAUCCUGAAAAACACUGGCUAUGACUGGGGUGUAACAGAGAACUGCAGCCAGGAGUUUGACUUUAUUUGCGAGUUUGAAUCAGGCCACAGCAUUGCCUGCGACAACUUCAAUGCCACAGUGCAGUGUGGCUCAGGAGAAGUAAUUCAGAUUGGAGAAAGCUUCUAUGGACGGAAAACACCUCACUUCUGUGUGCUAGAGACUCCCCUACAGUUUGAUGUCGAAGAGGAAUGUAGCUGGAUAAGUGUAAAGGAUGAAGUUGCAGGGCAGUGCCAUGGACUCCAAGCAUGCCAGGUGGCAGCUGAUGGGACCUUCUUUGGAGAUCCUUGUCCAAGUUUGGGAAGCUACCUGUCUGUUCAAUACCACUGCAUGGAAGGCUUGCGACUGGCUGUGACGGAGGAAAGCUUUAUCUUUGAAAACAUCACCAUAUCAGUGAAGUGGCUCCUCUCUCCUUAUUCUGGCAAUCUCUCCUGCAUCAUUAGCACCGGAGACGGAAACACUAUUGAUCCAUACUACCCUCCAACCCUGUCUAGCAAUGUAACCCAUCGCUUCACAUCUCCUGGCGAAUUCACUAUCUUUGUGGAGUGCACAACCAGCGAGUGGCACGUCACAGCUCAGAAACUGAUCACCGUGCAAGACAAAAUGGAUGAGCUUUUGGUGACCGGGUGCUUCAGCAAAUAUGAAGUAGGGAACACUUCACAUUGCAGGACUCUUUAUGAAGAGGUGUUAUGGAUUCAAGUGGAACUUAAUGGAGGUAGUGGAGUGGCCUAUACGGUGCUGGCUGAUAACAAAACUCUGCUGGAGUCCAGGGUGAAGGAAGGAAUCGCUCCUCACAAUCUCACCCUGGAUGGCGCAUCCCAACGGCUGAUUGGUCCUGGCGUACAUCAUCUUGAAAUUGUUGCGUCCAGCAACACCACAGAAGCAGACGUUUCGGAAAUCCUGACGGUUCAUUUAGUCGAAGCAAUCUCUGGUCUUCAGGCCAUAUUAAGCUCCCACUCUGUGGUUUUAGGAGAAGAUCUGGAGAUAAAAGUCUCUGUACGUCAUGGGUCUCCUGAGAAACUGAGGUUUGAGGUGACCGGGCUGAAUGAGACCUUUUCCCACUUGAAGGACUUCACCGAAGGAGAAGCCGAGACCUACAGAAUCCCAGUGAAGUCUGAAGGUACCUUCCAGGUCAAAGUGUUUGCUGUUAAUGCCUUCUCGAACAUGAGCACUGAUGCAGGAACUGUAAUCGUCUCAUCUAACAGUUCUCACGAAGAAGAUCCUCUUGAGGACAAAGAACAGUCCAAUGUACAUGGUGAAAAAAGAGUUGAUGACAAAGGGAAAACCAAGAUCUACAUUAAGCCCAGCCGCCAUGCCAGCCUCUUCACAACAAUCAUUCUUGGCUGGCCUGAUGACAGCACUAAUUCUACCUACACCUGGUCUUGCGGUUACUGCUGGCCUGAAUGGGACCAAUGUGUGCAAGAGCAUUCCAUCCUCACAGACCAAAGAGAGAUCCGGAUCCCACCGGCUUGCUUACCUCCUCCCAGCUCUGCAGUGACCGUGAAAGUUACAGUCAAAAGCCCAGAGAAAGAAGAAAAACAGGAUGAGCAAUGCCUCUACAUUACAGCAAAGCAGGAUCUGAGCCUGCAGAUCAGCUGCAAAAUGAACUGCAAACCAGUGAAUGUUACUGAAGACGUGACGCUCCUAGCAUCCGUGGGGACAGACUCAAAGGCUACGCAGUACAAGUGGUACUUAGAUUAUACGUUCCACAGAAAGCCCAAUCCUCUUCCACCAAGCUGUACCUUGAAUGCUUUCCCACAGAGCUCCCUCACUUUGCUUCAGAGUGGCACACCAAUGUUGGUGCUGAACAGCUCCUUCUUGCAAACCCAGGGAGAAGCUUUUCGAAUUAAAGUAACAGCUAUGAGUGAGGACAAAUAUGGUGAAGACACCUAUACUGUGAGCACCGUGCCUCCACCUGUAGCCCCAGUAUGUACUGUAUCUCCUGCUCAAGGAUCAGUGCUCACCAGCUUCUCCAUCUCCUGUCAUUCUCCCUGUCUGGUGGAUCAGUGCCUUCCAGCUGACAGCUCCUCACUCACAUACUGCUUCUACCUGGAGACAAAUUCUCUUCUACACUGCGGACAAGAGCCUGUCCUACCUUCAGUUUACCUUCCACUUGGAGAAGCAGACAAUAACUUUCUUUUAUGGAUUAACAUUGGUGUGAGCAACGGCUAUGGUGACACUGUUUAUACCAAUGCCACUGCCAGGGUAGCAAUCGUCACAACUUGCAGCGGAAACCAGACCUUGCAAGCCAUUAUUUCAGAAAAAUCGAACACUAUCCUCAAAGGCGAGAACAACAGCAUGACCCUGUUCCAGCUGUACAAGUCAGUGUCUUCUGUCCUUAAUCUAGAAACAAAAGAAGAGAGUGUUAAUUCAUCUCUGCGGACAGAUACACGGAAAGAGCUGCGAGAGCUGAUGCUGACGACCCUCUCUGCUGUAAAUGUAACAUCAAUGCAGGCGGCUCUUAAGAUGUCAGAGGUGCUCAAGGAAAUCACUUACAGGAGUGAAGAGCUCUCUUCCUCUGCGCAGGUGGAAGCCGGUAAUACUUUGAAGGAUGUCAGUGAAUCCUUGCUGAUUGUGAAUGCUGAAGAUGGCGAAGAUGACCUGAAGCGCAAGGAGGCUGCCAGCUAUCUGUUCAAUGCAGUGAGCAAUGUCCUUGAAGCUGCUGUGCAGAAUGGGACAGAGGAUACUGCUGGACCAGAGACUGCACAGAGUUUGGUGUCACUGCAGCUUCUAAACACCAUUGAAAACCUCCAGAGUGCUCUCUUGAUUGGGAAGUUGCCUGACAAUGAACCCAUGGUGCUCACAGCCCCUUCUGCAGCUAUGUACAUCAACCGGUUGCAGACAGACAACGCAGACAGCACAUCCAUUCAUAUCUCUGACUCCAGCUCUGCCAGCUUCACUCUGCCCUCUGCCUCUUCUCUCAGCAUCUCAGGAGACAGAGACGAGACAGUGGACAUCAGGAUGGUGAGCUUGUCUGUGAACCCCUUUUCCAUAAGUGACAGCUUUGAUAUCCAUGGUGCUGUGGGAGGCCUCUCCCUCACCAGCCUAGAUGGACUGGUUAUUCCAGUUAAGAACCUUACAGAAGACAUUGAGAUAAUGCUGCCAAGGAAUUCAGCAACUGACAAUGACCUGAAUGUGUUGAAUCUGGGAAACUUCGGUGCUCUCCAAGUCAAUGUGACUUCAGUAAAUGCAUCUCUAGUGAUCCAUCUACAGCUGGACCAAGACAUUCCACUUAUCCUAUAUUUGGGAUAUGGCUAUCACCCCAACGAGACUGACUAUGAAUUGAUGACACACUUCAGCUCAACCACAUCUGUUCCAGAUGUUGUAUAUUCCUGGAUCCUUCACCCGGAAGACCUUAUUUUUGGAGAAGGGACCUACUAUUUCAUUGUGAGACCAGAAACAGAACUGGAGUCCAUGGCCACCCAUGACAUAAAUGUUUCUGUCACUUGCUUUGUCUCCCAGUGUGUAUUCUGGGAUGAGCACCAAGGAAACUGGAACAGCUAUGGAUGCCACGUUGGCCCCAAAACAAACCCCAAUGGCACUCAGUGUCUCUGUAACCACCUGACAUUCUUUGGGAGCUCCUUCUUUGUGAUGCCAAACUCCAUUGACGUCAGCAGAACGGUGGAGUUGUUUGCCACCUUUGUGGACAACCCUGUGGUGGUGACAACUGUGGGCAGCAUCUUCCUCGUGUACCUGCUGGUUCUGAUCUGGGCCAGAAGAAAAGACAUCCAAGAUGAUGCCAAAGUGAAGAUAAUGGUGUUGGAGGACAACGACCCCUUUGCUCAGUAUCGCUACCUGGUGACUGUUUUUACUGGACACCGUCGAGGCUCAGCUACAACCUCCAAGGUGACUCUGACCUUGUACGGCCAGGAAGGGGAGAGUGAGCCACACCACCUGGUGGACCCCGACAUGCCAGUCUUUGAGCGAGGAGGAGUGGAUGUCUUCCUACUGUGUACACUGUUUCCACUCGGGGAACUGCAGAGCAUCCGGCUGUGGCAUGACAAUUCCGGAGGCAGCCCGUCCUGGUAUGUGAACCGUGUGCUGGUUCAUGAUGUGGCCACGGAUCAGAAAUGGUAUUUCCUCUGCAACUCUUGGCUAGCCAUUGAUGUCGGAGAUUGUGUCCUCGAUAAAGUGUUCCCCGUAGCUACUGAGGAAGAUAUGAAGCAGUUCAGCAAUCUGUUUUUCAUGAAGACCUCAAAGGGUUUCCGUGAUGGGCAUAUUUGGUACUCCAUUUUCAACCGCUCACCACGCAGCUCCUUCACGCGAGCCCAGAGGGUAUCCUGCUGCUUCUCACUGCUUCUGUGCACCAUGCUGACCAGCAUCAUGUUCUGGGGCGUGCCUAAGGAUCCAGCUGACCAGAAAAUGGAUUUAGGUAAAAUAGAGUUCACGUGGCAGGAGGUGAUGAUUGGCUUUGAGAGCUCCCUCCUCAUGUUCCCCAUCAACUUGCUCAUCGUCCAGAUCUUCAGGAACAUCCGGUCUCAGCCUAAGAAAGAGAAGAAACCAGGGAAAAGUGGGCGAGUGUCUCCCGACCUACCUGCGCCUCUGCAGCAAGCUACUCAGAAUAUGUCACUCACUCCGGAGGCUGUGAUCAAGGAUAUCAGGCGAAUUGCCAACUCCCUGUUCAAAACCCUCAAGGCCCCACUACCUUCCCCAGACCCUGAUUUUGGCAAAUCGACUGACAUCAACAAGCUCUUGGCCUUGGUUGAGGACAUUAUCUGCCAGCAGAACAGGAUCGGACAGGAAUUUUAUGACGAGAGCAAGAAGAAAGAUGAUCCAAUUAUCAUCACCCUCGGCUUGGUGGAUUUACAAGAAAAGACAAGGACUCCAACUCCAGAAAAAGGAGUGAGUGAAAGGCUGAAGCAUCGAGACUACAACCGCUGCCUCUACAUGCAGCUACAGCAUGUGGAGAUGGAGAUGGAGCUGUUGGGGCCUCAUAGAUUCCAGAGCCCACAAAGCUACUCCCAGGCUGUGAGGCAGGUUCGGCACAUGAAGGACUUCCUGGAAAGCCAGCUAGGCUCACCAACUCCCAGCGUUCUCGGAGAUGGCAAGAAGGAACCAACACCCAAAGGCCUGCCCUGCUGGUGUGUCUUCAUUGGCUGGUCCCUGGUGGCCAUCACCAGCGGCGUAUCAGGAUUCUUCACAAUGCUGUACGGGCUGCAUUAUGGGAAGGACAACUCCAUCAAGUGGCUGAUCUCCAUGGCCAUCUCCUUCUUUGAAAGCCUUUUCAUCACACAACCCUUAAAGGUACUGGGGUUUGCUGCUUUCUUUGCUCUGGUUCUUAAAAAGGUGGAACAGGAAGAUGAGGAAAACACAUCUAUCAAUGGCCCAUUGUCUGCCCCAGGUGACUCAAACCCUAUCUUUGGAGCUCGCAGAGACAGCGGAAGCAACAUCUACCAGCCUCCCCCUUCUACCGACAUUGAGAAAAUGAAGAAUAACCGUGUCAAGGAGCAGAAAGCAUUUGCCCUGAUUAGAGAAAUAUUGGCCUACUUGGGUUUCUUGUGGAUGCUGCUUUUGGUUGCCUAUGGGCAGCGAGAUCCUAACUCCUAUUACCUGAACAAACACAUUGAGAACAGCUUCACAGACGGAUUCCAAGACGUCUUCAGUUAUCAGGACUUCUUCAAAUGGGCCAGAACCACCUUAGUCAGCAACUUGUACAGCUCACACCAAGGCUUUAUCACGGAUGGCAACUCCAAGCUGGUGGGCAGUGCCCGGAUUCGCCAGGUGCGAGUGAAGGGCAACACCUGCCCAAUAGAUCCCAAACUGCAGCUGACGGUUGGCAAGUGCCAUGCUUCUUAUUCUUUCGACACGGAGGACAUGGCAGAUUAUGGAGCGCACUGGAACAUCUCUUCACUUGAUAACUCAUCAGAACUCAGUUCUGCAUGGCAGUAUCAAAGCCAGUCCAAACUGAGAGGGCACCCAAUCUGGGGCAAACUGGCUGUCUACAGAGGUGGUGGAUAUGUGGUUCACUUGGGGACAGAUGCCCACAAUGCCUCCAGAAUCCUCCAGUACCUCUUCAAUAACGUUUGGCUGGAUACAUUUACGAGAGCUGUGUUUGUUGAGUUCACUGUCUACAAUGCAAAUGUGAACCUCUUCUGCAUUGUAAGCCUCAUGUUUGAAACCAAUGCCUUAGGGGCCUUCUUCACACGGUCUGAGCUGCAGAGUGUCCGGCUUUAUCCAUACACAGAUGGUCUGCAUAUCUUUGUGAUAGCAGCAGAAGUCAUUUAUUUCCUGUUUGUCAUAUACUACAUGGUGGGACAGGGAAAGCUCAUGCGGGCUCUGAAAUGGAAUUACUUCCGAAGCAAGUGGAACCUGUUGGAACUGGCCAUCAUUUCCAUCAGCUGGAGCGCCCUGUUGGUGUUUGUAAGACGGACAAUCUUGGGCUUGCGGGACAUCAGCUACUAUCAGGAGCAUAAGGAUGAGUUUGCAAGCUUCAACCAGACAGCGACUGUUGAUGCAGUUCUGGGCUACCUGAUUGCCUUUCUGGUUCUUCUUGCCACUGUGAAACUCUGGCAUCUCCUGCGGCUGAACCCAAAGCUGAACAUGAUCACCUCAACCUUGAGGAGGGCCUGGGGGGACAUAUCAGGAUUUGCAACUGUGAUUAUAAUCAUGUUCCUUGCCUACUCCAUAGCGACAAACUUGAUAUACGGCUGGAAGUUGAACUCUUACAAGACCCUGUUUGAUUCAGCAGAGACAAUGGUCAGUCUUCAGCUUGGAAUCUUCAACUAUGAAGAGGUCUUGGACUACAAUCCCAUCUUGGGCUCCUUCUUAAUUGGCUCCUGCAUCAUUUUUAUGACAUUUGUGGUGUUGAAUCUCUUCAUUUCUGUGAUCCUUGUCGCUUUCAGUGAGGAACAGAAACAUUAUCAGGCUUCUGAAGAGGAAGAGAUUGUUGACCUAAUGCUGAAGAAAAUUUGCAGCUUCCUUGGAAUAAAAUGUAAAGCUGACCAUAAACCAGCCUCUGACAAGAAACUAGAAGAACCUGUGAUGAGCAACUAACAACUGGUCUUCUUACCCACUUCAACUUACAUCUGUUGCAGCUACCUUUAGAUAUUGUGGCUUCCAUGUUUGUGAAAUGUUGCGGCAGACAGCAGAAUUACUUCCAUUGACUGAGGUCUUGAUGUGCUCUCCAAUAAUUGUGCUUAAGAUACUGGCCUUAACUCUGUACUGAUAGAUGUGAAAAUGAGUGCUUGACAGAACUAUAGAACUGAUGCUUGCUUAUGCAUACUGC